AUGGGAUCUGCGCAAGCAGUGGGGCCAAAUGCACCUGCGCGUCUGGCGGUGCUUCGUGGUCAUGUGGGCUACGAGCCACGUGUCUGGAGAGCUCUCCUCCUCCUCCUCCUCCGGCUCUCUGAUGUUUCUUUUUCUUCCAUAGCCACCAAGACUCUCAACAGAGGCAUCUCCGAGUUCAUUGUGAUGGCUGCAGAUGCCGAGCCCUUGGAGAUCAUCCUCCAUCUGCCCCUGCUGUGUGAAGACAAGAACGUGCCCUACGUGUUUGUGCGCUCCAAGCAGGCACUGGGCCGGGCUUGCGGCGUCUCCAGGCCAGUCAUCGCGUGCUCCGUCACCAUCAAAGAAGGCUCUCAGCUCAAGCCUCAGAUUCAGUCCGUCCAGCAGUCAAUCGAGAGACUCUUGGUCUAAUGCAACCCCUUGGGCUCAGGGCUUUCUUUGUAGCGCUCAUCCGGGAUCGGGAACUGACCUGGGAGGGCCAGGGGUGUUGGUGGAUUGGUUAAAGGGUGCAGGUGGCCACAGACUGUUCUCAGGUGACUUUCCAAUGUUAAACGUUUUUAUUGCUA